AUGCAGGACAUCUAUACCAAAAGAUUAUGGAAGAGUCAUUCGGCCUGGAUAGACAACCCUGUUGUCAAGGGCAUGGGUGGUUUUACCCUCUCCCCGUGGUGGUUCUAUAUCCAUCGUCGAAGCUCUUUAGUUACGAGCAGCGGUCUUGGCUUCUCAGGCAGGGCAUUCUCCCUGUCCGCGGCUACUCCUGCGAAGCUCGACUGA